AUGUCUGGGAUUGAGAUCCUGCCCGACGAGCUUAUUCUCCAACUCACCUUGCUCUCAUCAGAAUCAUCUCUCGCCGCUUUGGCGCGGACAAACCGCCAUCUCCAACAAAUCUGCACCUCUAUUCUAUACCGCCACAAUUUGCUCCACAACAACAGCUCCGCUUUAGAAUGGGCGGCACAAUCCGGCCGUAUUGACACACUGCAGAAGGUGCUGAAUGCAGGAGCCUCUUUACCCAAGAAACAGGCCAAGGGCGAAUCUCGCGAAGAAGGCCCGCUAACCAUCCAGUUUGGGAUCGAACGUCUGCACAAAUUCCACAACUUCCGGCCACAUCCGAUUUCGCUAGCAGCCCAGGCGGGCCAUUUGCACAUCGUCCGCUAUAUGGUCGAUCGUGGGGUCAGUCCCAACACCAAAAAUCCUGAGUGGUUUACACUGCUGGCACUAACCGCUGCCCAUGGCCAUGUUUCUCUGACCGAGUACUUGCUGCACGUGGGUGGCAGGCAAAACAUUCGCGCUUUGAGAUGGGAACGAGGAAAGCAAAGCAGAUUUGAUGAAAGAGGCUCUUUUCGCAGCAGUGAAGGCGGGGCACGUCCCUAUAGUCCGAUUGUUGUUUACGCAUGGAGUGCAAGUCAACCUCUUUGGAAGUUGUGGUCAUUUUCAAGGGACCCUCUGUUACUGGCGGCGACCAAUGGGAUGAGCGGUUUGGUGUCGCUAUUUCUUGCGUACGGUGCGGAUCCAAACUUGAUACCGGUUUCACGAGGGUCAGAGACACCGUUGAAGGCGGCGGUGACUCAAGGCCAUGAGCAUCUACUUCUGCUCUUGGUCCAGGGAACGACGAGGCUCCGGCGCACCAGAGUAUUGGCCUUCACUGUGACACAUGGGAUCAGAAGCAUGGCGGAGACAUUGCUUCGAAGCAUACCACGUUGCACGGGGUGGGACCACGAGGACUCGGUACAGCCCUUGCUGUUAGUGGUGCUGAAUAAGAGGCUAGAGCUAGCAGAGCUGCUGUUGGACUCAAGCGGGGAUACAAACGUGCGGUGUACUGAAUGCCCUAGGGGCAGAUUGAGCAAGCCAUUCGACCAAUUCCUAUUUUGGGCCGUAGAAGACUACCAUGAAGCGAUGGUAGAUCUGCUCCUGGAGCGUGGCGCAUACCCGGAGAUUGAGGAUAAUAUGGGACGCCCUCCGCUCACAUACGCCGUUAAGGGCGGACAUGAGGCCGUUGUUAAAAACCUGCUAGAUCAUGGGGCAAAUCCACACCGUGCAGUAGAUCAUAGUGGCAAGAAAUUGUUGUUGUUGGGGCGAAUGAAGCAAACUAUACGUGCUCAGCUACAAGUGGCGGAGGGGAGAUGGGAAUGUGCCGGGGUUCUUAGAGCGAGUAUCAGGAAAGCCUGUCAUUCUGCAGGUGUCUUAUCAACAUCUGCUCGUUCUAUCCUCUCAUGA